AUGACGGUGUUUCACUGGACGGAGUGGAACAUCCACACGACGGCGCUAACGCCGCGCGACUAUCAAGCCGAGCUGCUGUCGAUGGCGCGCGAAGAAAAUUUGAUCGUUUGUCUGGCGCACAAUUCGGCCAAGGAGUUCCUUGCCGUCAAGUUGAUCCAAUCGUUGCGCUCGGACCGAGCGCAACCGGGAGCACCGCGCAAAACCAUUUACUUGACCGAACGACCGGAUCGCGCCCUGCUCGCCUCGAUGGUGGCCAACUUGACGGACCUUUCGGUGAUCACGAUCGACGAGAAUCCGACGGAUCUGGUCGAUCGUGACACCGACGAUGUGCUGUUUUUCUCCAGUGACCGUGCACUGCUGGAGCACCUUAACCAGGGCACGGUGCACGUGGAACAGAUCAGUUUGCUGAUCGUGGACGAUUGUCACAAAAUGUACGGACACCGGGAACUGUUGGACAUUUGCCGUCGCAUUGAACGGUGCAAUCGGCGGCGGACGAAAAUCAUUGGGCUUGCCGGUCCACUGCACGGGGCCAGCUGUGCCCCAGAACGGUUGUGCUGGGAGUUGCAGUGUCUCGAGCGCUGUUUGCAUGCGCGCAUCGAAACGGCCAGCGAUAUCACCAGUGUUCUGCGAUUUAGCACAAAGCCCACCGAACUGAUUCUGGAAUGUACACCGGCAAAGCCAUCGGUCCUAACGUGCCGCCUGCGUACGUUGGUGCAACGCCAAAUCGAUUUCCUGCAAGACCAUCGGUACGAUCCGCUCGCCAUGUACGAUAUGGAUGUGAACGAUGGCGAAGAUUCGGCCACGGGCGAGGCUACGGAAGGUGGUGAAAAUGACGACGAGGAAGGUGUGUUUCGGCGCGAACUGCGCUCCAUUCCCGAUCCGAAAAUGGCCCCCCUGCGCUACUUGCACCAGUAUCUCGAGCUGCUCGACGAGUUCGGUCCCUGGGGUGCGGAUCGGGGAGCGCUCGAGUUGCUGGCCACGAUCGAGAAGGAGAAGAUUCGAACCCCGUACGAACGGCACUUCCUGUUGCUGUGCAUGGUAUCCACCGUUCUGGUGCAGGUUCGAUCCAUUGCUGCGGCCGUUUUCAUCCGCCACACGCACGAGAUGGAUCGCAUCCGACACUACUCGACACCGAAGGUGCGCCGAUUGCUCGAAGUGCUGGCGUGGUUCGGUGAGCAACAAACACGUGCCAAAGAUCGCACCAUGGGACAUCCGAUGCUGCAGCAGCAGCAACAACAGCCGCAGAAGAUCCCAUACUGCUUCUGCCGUACGGCGGAAUGCAACGAGCUGGGCAAAGAGUAUUACGCAUUUGGAACGCAAAUCGGUGAUGUUGGCGAACGGAUCGAUCGGAUGACGGAACAGCUACACACGGUGCGCCAUUCCAGCGAUCGCUUGCUGCAGCGGUACAAACUUCUUGCCGAUGCUUCGUCGAACGAACCUGUGAACGGUGGCGUGACGCAUCAUUCACCCCGUCACGCUGCCCCUGAGGGUCGAACGGGGAACUUUCGGAGACGAAGAUUACUGCCGGGUGGUGGUGGCGGUGGCCCUCCGUGGCUCGCUGGGUAUCACAGCUCGCAGCACAAAUCACACGAUGGAGCAACGACGGAAGCACUGUGUGGGUUGAUCUUCUGCAACGAUCGUUCGAUCGCACGCAUCCUGUACGUGCUGCUAUACGAAGUGGCACGAUCCCAACCCGAGUACGCGUUUCUCAGCGCACAGUACACGGUCGACAAGGUGGUAGAUCCGCUGACUGACGCCCAGCACGCGGCCCACGAGCACCGCAAGCAGGAGGAGGUACUGAAGCGGUUCCGGAUGCACGACUGCAACUUACUGAUUGGCACGUCGGUGUUGGAGGAAGGCAUCGAGCUGCCAAAGUGUAACCUGGUGGUCCGGUGGAACAGCCCGUCGAACUAUCGAUCGUACGCCCAGUGCAAGGGCCGUGCGAAAGCUCCCGGAGCGUACCACAUUCUGUUUGUUACGCCAUCGGCCGAGGGCGGUCAAGAUAGCACCGCGCACGAACCGAAGACCAACUCGUUGGAAGAUGCACCCCUGGAUGAUGAGCUGGAGCACGAGCAGAGCUUGGACGUGUCGUCCGAGUCGACCAUCGACCAGCACGAUCGCGAGAUAAUCGAGCGAUCCACCAAUGCGAUGAUUGAGCGUGUGGCGAUUUACAGAGAAGUGGAAAAGCUUCUGCUUUCCAAGUGCCGUAAUGGAGAGCCCGCCGAAGGAGAGCUGAAGCAUGCAGAUUGCUUCAAUCACUGCCUGGAAAUCUAUCGACCGGGGCUGGCAACUAAUUCUAGUAACGCCUCGCUCGGGUUACAAAAUGCCAUCCAGACGCUCAACAAGUACUGUGCGAAACUGCCCAGUGACACGUUCACAAAGCUAACGCCCAUCUGGCGAUGCGCAACAACCGUCCGAAACGGGCGCAUUCUGUACCACUACACAAUCCGGUUGCCGAUCAAUUCACCGUGGAAGGAAGACAUCUUGGGUCUACCGAUGCCAACCGAAAUGCUGGCCCGUCGAAUGGCGGCGUACAUAACCUGCCGUAUGCUGCAUGCUGCCGGUGAGCUGGACCACUCGUUUCAACCGUUCGGCAAGGAGGCAUUUCGCGCAUUCGAGGCGGACUGGGAGAACUUCGAGCUGGACGAGCUAGACGCAAAGAUUCUGACCGAAAACAACGAUCCUCGCCCGGGUACCACGAAACGUCGUCAAUACUAUUACAAAAAGAUCGCAUCAGUGUUUAACGAUUGUAGACCGGAAGUGGGCCAAAUGGCUUACCUGUACCAUAUGCGCAUGGAGCUGAUCUGCCCCAUACCGGAAGAGCAAAACACACGGGGACGAAAGAUUUACGCACCGGAAGAAUCGCCGCAGGGCUUCGGCAUACUGACCACGAAGCUUAUCCCGAAGAUUAGCUCCUUUCCAAUCUUUACCCGUUCGGGUGAGGUGAAGGUCUCGCUUGAUCUCUGCCCGCAGCGUGUCCGAAUGACCGAGCGGCAGCUCGAGAUGGUUAACUGUUUCGUUCGGUACACGUUCACCAAGGUUUUGCGGCUGCAGAAAAGCCUAAUGCUGUACGAUGCGAACGCCACCGACAACUGCUUCUUCAUUGUGCCAACAAUCAAGUGCCAAUCGUCGCACGGACCACCGCCAAACGGCGCAGGUCGCGACGGGGAUGUGCAGGUCGACUGGGAGUUUGUGGAGAAGAUUGCAACCAACGUGGACUGCAGUGGGCCCACGUUCAUACCGGACGAGGCGCGCAAAGGCUACGCGUUCGAUGUGAGCAAGUUCCGCGAUGCCGUAGUAAUGCCCUGGUACCGGAACCGGGACCAACCACAAUACUUUUACGUGGCCGAAAUCUGUCAGCAUCUGUCGCCGAAGAGUGCAUUUCCCGGCUCGAACUAUGCCACGUUCGAGGAGUACUACCACCGAAAGUACGAUAUCCAGAUACAGAACGUGCGCCAGCCGCUGCUCGAUGUCGAUCAUACCAGUGCCCGGUUAAACUUUUUGACCCCGCGUUACGUCAACCGCAAGGGCGUCGCACUGCCGACCAGCUCCGAGGAGACGAAGCGCGCCAAGCGGGAAAAUCUCGAACAGAAGCAAAUCCUUGUGCCGGAACUGUGCACCAUACAUCCGUUUCCGGCCUCGCUAUGGCGUGCGGCCGUUUGCCUGCCGUGUGUGCUCUAUCGCAUCAACGCCCUCCUGUUGGCAGACGAGAUACGGCGGCAGGUGGCGCGUGAUUUACGUUUAGGGCGCGAAGAUCUUGACAAGGUCGAGCACGGUGCUAAAGCGCCGUUCGAGUGGCCGAUGCUGAGCUUCGGCUGGAAUUUGGCCGAUGUUUUGCGCAAAACGAAGGAACAAAAAGUGGCACAAGCCAUAGCAGCAGCAGCAGCAACUGAACCGGCAAAUGAACCAGUUUUGGAAGAAGCGAUAAGCACCACGGAAGUGGAACCAACGCCACCAGAAAAAGAGGGGCCAAACGAAGAAGCUAACCACAAAGGUAAAGAAGGUGACUGCGGCGAUGACAAUCCACCCGAGGGGUCUCAAGAUGAAAAAGCGAGCACCGCACUAACUGAAGACGAAUCGUUGAUGGAAAUCGGAACCUGGUCCAACGAGAUGGCGGUCGGGGUGGAAACUGACGACGGAAACGAAUCAGGCGUUGGAGGAACUGGCAACGGGUCUUCGUCUUUCUUGCGCUACGAAUCGGACUGUGGUACUGACAGCAGUGGGAAUUAUUACUCUUCAGACGAUGAUGAUGAAGAUGAUGACUAUCUGUACGACGGAACGGACGGGACGGGAGCUACGGACGAUGAUCCAUCUCCCGGUGGGUUACAGGAUGCACCGGGGAGCAACGAGCCAAGUGGUGCCAAAGCUGGCCCCAAUCCGGACGGCGCGGUUAAUCUUCCCGGUCGGUUGAAGAUCGAGUUUAAAUCAGAAACCGUCGCCGAAGCGAUCGACUCCGAGCGUGAUCUGCAACGGCAGCGUACCCAGCAGAGCAUAAUUCAGCGAUCGCGCCAAAACGAACGGCUCUAUCAGCUAUCGAAAAAUGCUGCCGAUGGAUUCAGUUGUUCCACGGACGAGUUGAUGACAAACGCCUGCGAUCGGCUUGAGGCGGAGAAGCGAUUUGAGGAGCAGAAAAAUCACACAAAAGAUGCAAUCCGCUUGCACGGGACGUUGGUACGGUGGAAUGAACCGCUCACUGUGCGGCACUGGCGGAAUCGUUUCGAUGCGGGCGAAAUGGCCACAAUAGGCGCCCUGAUGGACGAUUUGGGAGGAAAAGCGUUCGUGGAGUUUGUGCCGUACAUCGAAGAAGUCGAACUGUUUGAGCUGCUCUUUCGCAAUGGUAGUUCCGGUGAGAGGUGGUUACGGUUGGAAGACCUGUACCGGUUGAAUGAACGAUUUUUUCCCGAACACUAUACGAUGCUUCGAGGGGGCUCCCAUUUCGACCACUUUCUGGACGAUGAUCCGCAACAACCCUGUCGAGGGUCGGAACCGAAGACUAUUACGCUUACCAUCCGUGAUCCUUUCCCGGCGAUACUGGCCGGUGAGACCGCGUGCAAUUAUAAAGUGACACAGGAAGGCGAAAGAUCUUGGACCACGGGGUCAAUGCGGAACGGCCUUACUAACGGUCACACGUCGAACGAGAUAGAAGGUGAUGAUGGCGAGUUUAGCUUCGACGAUCAACCCGAUCUGCAGCAUCAUCCGGGUCCGAGUCCGGCUAUCAUUCUACAGGCCCUGACCAUGUCGAACGCAAAUGAUGGCAUCAAUCUGGAGCGAUUGGAAACGAUUGGGGAUUCGUUUUUGAAGUACGCCAUCACGACUUACCUGUACUGUCGGUAUGAUAACGUGCACGAGGGCAAGCUGAGCCAUCUGCGCUCGAAGCAGGUCUCGAAUCUGAACCUGUACCGCUUGGGACGACGAAAACGGUUGGGCGAUUGCAUGAUAGCGGCCAAGUUUGAGCCACACGACAACUGGCUCCCGCCGUGCUACUAUGUGCCGAAGGAACUCGAACAAACACUAAUCGACGCGAAGAUCCCCGCCUGCCACUGGAAUCUGGCCGAUCUGCCCGACAUCAAGCGGCUCUCGUGUGCCGAAAUCUGUCAACUAGUCAAGGAACGGGCUCGGGCGAAGCGCAACGAAGAGCUAGUUGACCAGGAACAGAAGGACGAUGAUGGUGAUGAUGACGAUGACGAUGAUGACGAAGAAGAACAAGAUGAUGAUGAUGAUGAUGAUUCGCUGGACGAAGAUGAGCUCGAGGAUGGGUCAGAGUUUUAUUCCUGCUUCAUUCCGUACAAUCUCGUCACGCAGCACAGCAUCCCCGACAAAUCGGUAGCGGAUUGUGUGGAAGCCCUGAUCGGUGCCUACCUCAUCGAGUGCGGCCCACGAGGGGCGCUCCUCUUCAUGGCAUGGCUUGGCAUCCGCGUGCUACCGAUUCUAAACGGCAAACCGGAAGGAAAGCAAUGCUCGAGAUUGGAUGCCGUAUCAACGGUCGAUAUUAGAGAGUACGGCCACUGGAUCGCUCCACCCUCACCGAUGGUUCGGGCGAACAUAACAUUCGGUGGCAUUUUGGCUGGCGCCAGUGCGACAUCCCGUGAACUAGCCCGGUUACUCGUAGGUUUUCAGGCAUUCGAACGCUCGCUUGGCUACCAGUUCCACGAUCGUUCGUAUUUGCUGCAGGCAAUGACGCACGCUUCGUACAGCCCGAAUCGUCUGACCGACUGUUACCAACGGCUCGAGUUCCUCGGCGAUGCCAUCCUUGAUUAUCUGAUCACUCGCCAUCUCUAUGAGGAUCGGCGACAGCACUCACCCGGUGCUCUAACCGAUCUCCGGUCGGCACUGGUCAACAACACGAUCUUUGCCUCGCUCGCCGUACGCCAUGGGUUUCAUAAGUACUUCCUGCAUCUGUCGCCCGGCUUGCAGGAGGUCAUCGAUCGAUUCGUACGCAUCCAACAGGAAAACGGUCACCGUAUCACAGAGGAGGACUACUAUCUACCGGACGAGGACGACGAUCUUGGUGACGGAGCUAUCGGAGUUCCGUUCGGUGAAGGGGAAACAGCCGAUGGCCAGACGCUGAUGGGGCACGGAGUCGGUGAAGCCGAAGACGUCGAAGUGCCGAAAGCUCUGGGGGACGUGUUUGAAUCGAUUGCCGGUGCAAUCUUCCUUGAUUCGGGAAUGUCCCUUGAUACUGUGUGGAAGGUGUACCGCAAAAUGAUGGGACCGGAGAUUGAAAAGUUCAGCAGUUCCGUUCCAAAGUCACCGAUUCGAGAACUGUUGGAAAUGGAACCAGAAACGGCCAAAUUUGGCAAACCAGAAAAAUUAGCCGACGGGAGACGCGUACGGGUAACCGUGGAAGUAUUUGGCAAAGGAACAUUCCGUGGAAUCGGGAGAAACUAUCGUAUCGCCAAGUGUACGGCAGCGAAGUGUGCCCUGCGGCAGCUCAAGAAGCUUGGGUACAGCAGUCACCACAAACGGCGGUAG